UCUCCUCUCUGCCAAAUUAGUAGUAACCGCCUUCAAUUCCCUCUCUCUCGCUUCUCCAUCUGCGCCUAAUCUGUCUCCUCUCUGCGAAAUUAGUAGUAACCGCCUUCAAUUCCCUAACCCUCUCUCCUCCAUCUGCGCCUGACUCCUUUUUAUUCGCUUGCUGAGCAUGACUUCUUUGUCACAAAUAGAAAGUCGAAUCCAUCGCAUCAAAUGGAAGGGACGAAUCAUUUACUUAUUCAUUCAUUGAGCACUGGCCUGAUCCAGUUCCAAAAAACCAACCCUAAAAGAGAAGGUAUAGUUGGCUGUACUCAUUCUUACCUCUUAGUGAUCACUCAUCAACCCCAAGCAGGAAAGGCCUUCUUUGUACGGCGAAUCGCCAAUAGAAUUCAAAUCUGACUGUGGUCCAUACUUCGCAUCCAAGGGGCACUCCUGCCCAUAGAGCAUCAUCUUUCUCCCCCAUCUGCGCCUGAUCUCUCUCCUCCAUCUCCGGCCCUCUUCUCUGCUAUGGCCGCCACCACAAAAAAGCUCUAUGUAUGGGUUAACGGCUAUGGUAAUAACGGAGGUGAUGAUGGUAAGUAUCUGCCUUGCAUCAACGUCGAAUUCAACUUCCGUGUGGAGCAGACUUAUCAAAGCAGAACCAGAGGCCUCAUCACCCGACACGGUAUCGGAGAGAUCUCAUCACGACGUCCAUACAAGUACUUCACCUAUGAUUUGCUCUACACAAUGAUCCAUGGCAUGAAAAUCCCCUUCCCUUUAGAGAAGAUGCUCUGUGAGCCAACUGAGUUGGAGAACACCAACGACCUAAUCCUGCAUGUUUUGGACGUGGCUAGUUGCACGGUCAAUAGAUUUUGCAACUCCGGUCAGAAGCUAUUCAGAUUGGACAUAUACAUUGUUAAUAGACUGAUUUUACCCCAUGCUGAAUUUGAAGCAAUAAACCUUGCAAAGGAGCAGGUAGAACGUUGGUUUCAACUUCAUCAGAAGGUUAAUCAGAUGAUACUGUCCAAAUCAUUUUCGGACUUUGGUUUGAUCCACGGGGAAAUAGGAAGAAUAGUGAGGGAAACAGCUCAUGAUCAAGAUUUGGAAUUGUCAUUGUUGGAACUAGCUAUGAGGGAAUACUUUCAGGAGACAGUAGAGCCUGUGAGAUUUGAAGGUGAUACUGAUGAUCAUGGUGAGGAGGAGGAGGAAGUACACUGUGUUAUAUGUAAGGAUGAAAUCCUCGUUGGGUCUCGAGUCAUUCGGAUGGCAUGCUCUCGUAUCUACCAUGUCCAGUGCAUCGCAGAGUGGCUGCCAUUGUGUCGCUUCAAGUCGUCAAUCAACAAGUCUGAGUUACAAAAUAGGAAAAAGAGAUUCUGGAACUCGCUUUAUAUUGCUCUGCUGGGAAUGCUCAUUGUCAGGCUAUGCCACAAACAAUUCAAAUGAACAGUGGGUCCACAUAGACUCCUUCUCAGCGAUGAAUGGAAUUUCUCUCGAUUGUGAAAAUGAUUUCCCAUGGAGGUAUUCUAAAGAAGAAGAUAUACAUCUAGACGAAUUUUGCCAAAGGAAUUUCACCUAUCUUCUGAAUGAGUACCCCAAAAUGAAUGGAUUCAAGUGUUUAUUUACUAUAAACGAGUUCUCCAGAGCUCGUUUUCACAAUGGCUUUCCACCCAUUUUGCUGCUCAGAGAGCCCAAAGUAUUUGUUCAUGAAAAUAUUGCAAACACGGAUGUUAUGCAUAGAAGUUGGCCAGGAUGCUCUUGAUUUAUUGAGGAUGGUAUAUAGUGUAAGAAAUUGAAAUGAUCAAUGAAUUAGUAUACAAAUGAUCAAAAUUCCGACUCCCCAAAGUGCAGCACAUCCUUCAAUGGAUAUUGGCCCUAAUUCUUAUAGAAACUAUAUUUUUGUGAGAAAUUUUCCCGUUUUGAGGUGUAAACAUCAGGGUCCAUCAUAUAUGAGAUUGACAACCCUUUUGAGCUUCAUUGGUGUUAAAUUAUUGCAUGAAAACAUGUCAAUAACUUGGUAUAUUUGGCUUGGGGUUUUGGGGUGGGUUACAUUAAACUUGAAAUGUCUCUGACAGAUUGUAGUUGGAAGGUGUCUUGUCCCCAUAUGUCAAAGGUCUUUGUAAUUUUUAAGAAAAUGGUCACAUAGAAUUUUUUCUUUUCUCU